GAACCAAAGGAGACCUAUAUUCACCUUUUACCUCCCCCGGCUCUCUCUGUCUGUUUCUCUCUCUCAUCUGUUCUUUCGGCGGUAUUAUUGCUUGGACUACUUGCCCAGAAAGUAUUCCUCCCUCUCUUUUGUUAUUUUUUUUUUCUCUUCCGAUUUUGAUUUCGAUCGAGAGGGAGGAGGAGGAGACGAAGCGGCGAAGAAGAAGAUGAUCAUUCGUGUCCAAAGCCGCGACGGCCAGGAGCGCGUCACCGUCCCCGACGGCGGCGCCGCCACCGUCGCCACCCUCCACUCCCUCAUCGAGUCCCAGCUCGGCGUCCCCGCCGCCGCCCAGACGCUCUCCCUCGACCGCAACCUCCUCCUCCCCACCCCCUCCGCCGCCGCCGCUGCCGCCUCCCUCUCCGACCGCUCCGCCCCUCUUUCCUCCCUUGGCCUCUCCCACGGCUCCGUCGUCUACCUCUCCUACUCCGGCGUAUCCCGCUCCUCCGGGCCUCCCCCUGCCCCCCUCACCCCCGCCGGCUCCUUCGGCCGCAAGAUGACCAUGGACGACCUCAUCGCCCGCCAGAUCCGCGUCUCCCGUCAAGAAACUUCACACUGCUCCGUUGCCUCCUUCGACCGCGACGCGGCCCACGCCUUCCAGAUCUACGUUGCCGAGACCUUAGCCUUCGCCGUCAAGCGCGGCGGUUUCCUCUACGGCCGCGUCUCCGAAGGCGGCGCCGUCGCCGUCGACUUCAUCUAUGAGCCCCCCCAGCAGGGCACCGAGGAGGCCCUCGCCCUCCUCCGUGACCCCGACGAGGAGGCCUUCGUCGAGGCCAUUGCCGCCGGCCUCGGAAUGCGCCGCGUCGGCUUCAUCUUCACGCAGGCCGUCGGCCGGAAGGGCGGUACGGGGGAGUACACGAUGUCCGGCCGGGAGGUGCUGCAGGCCGCCGAGCUCCAGGCCGAGGGGGGGAUUCCGGAGUGGGUGACUGCGGUCGUCAAGCUGGAAGUUGGCGAGGACGGGGCGGCCGAUGUGCACUUCGAGGCGUUCCAGAUGAGCGAUACGUGUGUCCGGCUGUUCAAGGAGGGGUGGUUUGUGACGGAGUUCGGCGAGGAUGAUGAUCCCAGGCUGUCGAGGAUGAAGAAGGACGUGGUGGUUGGAGGGAAGGAUGUGAGGGAGGUCGACAAUGACUUCUUCUUGGUGCCUGUCAAGAUCUCAGAUCACCAGGGAUCACUGUCAUCUGGUUUUCCUAUAGAGAACCGAAUUACUACUAUAACACUGAAGGCUUUGAAGAACCACCUGGAUAGGACAAAGCACCUUCCUUUUGUGAAACGAAUCUCUGACUUUCACUUGCUUCUUCUUCUUUCCAGGUUUUUAGAUGUUAACGCUGACGUUCCGGCACUGGCUGAGUGUGUACAGAGGCAAGCAAUGGUGCCCGAGGGCUACCAGCUUCUGAUCGAAUCCUUGGCUGCCUCCGCUUAAGAUGUCAAGUUUAUUCUGUCUUGCAGUGUUAAUACAAGUUCUUCCAUUAGUGGAAUUAUAACCAUAAAUUAACCUUUGCAAUUGUUAAACUAAUAUUCUUAAGUAUUUACUCAUUCAGAUUUGUGAAUUCUCAUGUGGCUGUGUUGCACCUCUGUCAUUGGAAAUUUAAAGAUCAGCUUCCUAUGUGAAAUUA